CGCAUUUUAACCAAAUAUGAUCAACAGUUUUAGUGUGGCAGGUGCGGGCGCAGGUGCUGCGGCGACUGCUGCAAUUACGCUGCAUUUUAACUACAGCAACAACAACAACAAUAACAAUAACAGCAGUGGCAUUAAAAUUGUGCCAGCAGCAUCAAAUGAGCACAAAAGCCAAAGUUUAAUCAACAAUGCCGCCCCAGCAACAACAAAAACAGAAACAAACACAACAACCACUCCAAAAAUAUUUCAAAUAACACAAACCGAAGCGGAGGCAAAGCAUUUUCUAAUGGCUUUUCCCCAACAACAACAACAACAACAGCAGCAGCAGCCGAAGCAAAAGGCAGGCGCCUCACUGAAAUGGAUGCCGCCUGGCAAAGUAAAUACCUCAGCAAGCACCAAAGAGCCGCAGCUUAGACAAGUCAGCAUUCAGUCCAGCAACAACAGCAGCAGCAGUAGCAGCAGCAGCAACAACAAGCAGCAACAGUUGCAACCAGCAACAACAACAACAGGGUUAGCCAAAAGUGCCUUUAUUGAAGCAUGGACAAUGCCACAGCAACAACAACAAAGGACUGAGGACCAAGAAAAUGCCUUUCGCCAAAUCGAAGAUGUACACAAUUAUGCCAAACUCAGCAGCGAACUGGGCGAGGAAGAUGAAGAGGACGACGACGACGACGAUGACGACGAGGAGGAGGAGGAUGAGGAUGAUGAUGAGGAAGAGGAGCGGCAGCCAACAAAGAAAACCCAUCUAAAUGUGCCCAACAACACAAAUGACGAUGAUUCCGAGGAGCAUGUCGAGGUGGAUGUGGUCACUGUGACGCCAACGGCAACAACUGUUGCAACAGCGGCGGCGGCGGCGGCAGCAGCAGCACCACAACUACAACUGCAGCAGGAGCAGCUGAUGUCCAAGGUGGAUCAGCAGGAGCAUAUGCGGCCGGAGCAUCAUGCACGGCGUCCCAUGAACGCAUUUCUUAUAUUCUGUAAAAGGCAUCGCGCCAUUGUCAAAGAGCGCUACAAAUCGCUGGAGAAUCGAGCCAUCACAAAAAUACUCGGCGACUGGUGGGCCGCACUGGAUGAGCAGGAGAAGCAGUGCUUCACCGAUUUGGCGCAACAGAACAAGGAUGCCUUCUUCAAUGCCAAUCCCAAUUUCAAAUGGUACAAACUGCCCGCACCGCCGCUGCGGACGCUCGCCACCCGUCCCAGCAAUGCUCCCGCCGGACAAAUGAAUGAGGAGCAGCUGCAGCCGCAUCCACAGCAGCAGCUCCAGUGGGCGCCCAAUGAUGUGGCGCAUAUGCUGCGCAGCAACUAUUUCAAGUUUGCGGACGAGACACAAAUGGGUGAGCUGAGCGCCUUGCUCAGCGCCAAUGCGGGCAGUGUGCCGGACAAGGAUUAUGCGCUGCAGCAGGUGCUCAGCGAGACGACACAGUUCCUGAGCACGCACAUGCCCAACAACAAUAAUAAUAAUAGUAAUAAUUGUAAUAAUAAUAAGCGACUGCUGGACAGCGGCAGCAAUUCGAGCGAGGAGGAGGAGCGCGGCACGCCCAACAAAAAGCUAAAGACCGCGCGCAGCUGCAAGGGCAAAAUCUAUCAGGAACUUAUCAAUUCUGGCCAACUGGCGGCCAUUGCCAAGAAGUCCAAAUGUCGCCUCAAUAGUGGCGGCAGCAGCAACAACGAUGCCAACAGCAAUACGCCGCCAAUUUCACCAACAAACGCCGUUGUUGUUGUCUCCGGCGGACAGUUGGUGCUGCCGGUGCAGCCGGAGACGACAACAGCGUUGCGUGUUGUUGCGGCAAACGAAUUCGAUUUGGAGGAGAAGAUCAGGGAGCUGCCGGCGCUCAGUCUGGAUGCCUAUUUGCAGCGCAAGCGCAGCACCAAAAAGAAGAAGAAAUUCAGCAGCAGCAAAAAGCAACGGAACCCCAACUUCAACUCCAACACCAGCAGCAGCACCCCAGCAGCAACAGCAGCAGCAGCAGCAGCAACUGUUGCUGCCGUGUCAACAGCAACAGCAGCAACUGUUGCUGCCGUGGGCAGCCAGAAGCGCAAGGCGCGCAAGGAGAGCAUCACGCGUCGCGAUGUCAGCGCCAUCGAGCAGGAGGUGGCCUCCAUACUGCCCCUGACCAUAAAUGGCUGCUACUAUUUCAAUGAGACGCGCGCCGCAGCAGCAGCAGCAACAGUUGCCGCCACAACAGCAACAGCAACAACUGUUGCCGCAUCGCCGCCGCUGUCGUCGUCAUCGUCGUCGACGCUGUCCGCCUACGAGCAGGCCGGCUACGAUGUGACCACUACCUCAGAUCUGCUCAUUCUCGCCGAGGUGGCCGCCAAUCGCACCGAGCUGACCAAGUCCAACUAGCAGCAGCAGCAGCAGCAGCAACAGCAACAGUUGCUAGCAGCAGCAGCAGCAACAGUUG